AUGUCGUCCGCCGCGCCUGCGCGCCAUCCCAGGCCUCUGUAUUCUGCCGAACCCAAACGUAGCCGCGACCGACUCGACACGGACCCAGACGUCGAAAAACGCUUCCAAGAAAGCAUAGGAUAUACACUAGCCACCGAAGGAGGAGACGAUCCAACCAUGGGUGCCUCGGGGACUCUCCAGAUAUGGCCAAAGUUGCACAUGGAGCCAUACCAGAACAUGCCCGACCUAGACAAGGCGAAGUUCAAUCGCCUGCCCAACGCUCACACCGACCCUUUCCUCACACAGCCCGCCAGACCCCGACCAACCUUGCACGCUGCUGCCAGUCAACCGGAUCUGUAUUCAUCGUCGCGCAAGAAUGCUAUCAUGACCGAUGCCGCCAGACCUCCACCCAUGCCGCAACAACUUCAGCGCAGCCACAGGGUCGAUUUUUCUAGACUUUUCUCAAGACACAAAUCCAAGAACAAGGACAAGGAAAAGGAAAGAUCAUCGAGGCCUCCAACUGCUCACGUACCUGCGCUGCCGUCAUUGCCUCUACCGCCCCCACCACCGGUGCCUGUCGCUACUCGCUCUCGUCAAGGUAGCGAUAUCUCGUCUGUCCGACCUGCAUCUUCAGGAACCUCGAGUCAGCGUAUACAGGCCACUGUUUUUGACCGAAACGCUACCGAAAAUGCAAAGAUCAACGUGCGCAGGCCGCCAAGGGGGAUCAAGCAUUGGUUCGAAGGUCUGGACUCAUCCGAUGACGACUUGCCCGAAGUUGUUACUCCUGCCGAAACCAUUCAUCAGUCUGCUUUCAACCCAGCACUUGGUCCAGGAAGAUCUAGAGUUGCACCUACCUCGCGUGUUACACCCACGUGUGAAGGAGCAUCAUCGGAUUACUUCCACUACCAGAGCUCUACCCACGCAAAGUCGCAGCAUCAGAAUCUCCAAGAACGCAGCAUGCUGAAUCUCUCAUCAGACGAAGAGGACGAGCACUCAGAGCCUCCAUCACCACCCAGAUGGGCAGACCACUCGACUACGGCAAGCGGACCCGCAUCUGACUCAGUAAGCUGGAACAAGACUGCUGCUACGAGACAGUCAACCUUCAGCAUGCAAACAACAAUGACGUCUGGCUCUAUUCCUAUCAUCCAUGCCGACAACCUGGAAAUGGCUUACCGAACUCCUCUACCUCCUCUUCCUGCCCAAUACCAACAGUACAAUGAUGUCAACCCUGUCCCUGCUCCUCUGCGCAAGCAAAAAUCAUAUCAUUUCUCGUCUCCUGGGCGCACCAGAGCAACAAGCAUUACAUCUACCGGCAUGCAAAGUGCCACCAGUGCCUCUAGCAAUGGACAGUCUCAUGUCAUGACUGUGACCCAGGAGGAGAUGGCUCUGCUCGAGAUGAUGCGUCGCAAGAGAGCUGAGAUGCAGGCCCAGUCUAGCCAUCCCGCUCGAAGACAAGAUUCAUCCAGCCAACCCUCUCAGUACGAUCGCAAAAACUCAGCCAUUCGCAGCACCGCCUCAUCGACUUUCUCAAGGGGCAGUGCUAUGAGUAUAGGUCUCAUGCUUGACGCUCCUGAAGGCACUGCCUUUCCUGCACCUCCAAGCAACAGGGUCGUUCACGAAACACAGGACAUGAACUAUUUCACGCUCGAUGAGAGAGACGAGAGACGCACCAACAGAUCAUCAGACAUGUCUACUCCUCACUCGGACAUGCUGGCCGAGUUGGAGGCGCCUUCCGAGCAGCUGCAGGCUCUCUGCUUCCAAAAGCCAACCAAGUCUCCAAGCUCGAGUCAAAACAAGCUUGUCCCGUUUGAGAACACAGCCGAUCCCUACCGUCUCGCUCCAGAUCUUGAGCUGUCUUCUCUCGACCUCCUGCCGCUUCCUGCACGCACAUACUCUCCCUCCCUCACUGGUACCUGCAGUUCAGCCAUGACCCCUGAGUUCAGUACCCACGGUACAACCAACUUCAAUGUUGCUGGCAGUGAUAGCGAAACCAGCAGCGAGGCAGACAGAUACCGCAACAGCGUCAAGACCAUGGACAGUGUAGACAUGGAUGUCAUUACUGCCUGGGGACGCUUGGGUGGCCAGUAA